GUCUUCGCGCGCUAAACGAAAUAUGUAAAUAAUGAUAUUUAAGUGAAAGGCACGAAUGAGAUCGAGGCAGUAUCAAAAUAGACAGCGAACUCGAGAGAUAUAUUGUCAAGCGAGAAACAAGUUCUUGUGUUUCAUAUCUCUACCAAUCUCUCGCCCGAAAUUUAACAUUAAUAUACAUUUACGAUGGAAACAAGGAACAAAAUCUACCUCCCAAACGUCCCCAAAUGUCCCCAAGAUGAUCGAAGCCAGACUCAAGAGACUCGGCGAGGAUGGCCAAUGUUUCGUAUAAUAUGCAAAGUUCUCUAUUUCGUUGGGGUGUACUACUCGUAUUUAUGGCUUUAUACUAAUUACCGGGAAACUUUGAGCGACAUAUUGGCUAGUUUAGGCAAUUGGGAAUUCGUAACUGCGUUCGACAAAAUCAGGAUAUGGUUGAGACUUUACCGGGUGCCGCAGUGCCCGGGAGGCUACGUCCACGAUGGUUCUUAUAUGUUUAAAGACCUAGAAUGCGUUACUCCUUUCAUUUCGUCAUAAAUUAAGGAAGCAAGCACGUAUGGGACAACGAUCAGAAGUGAGUUUUCUUUACUUCAACGAUCAGCAAUAGACUUGAAAAAAUUGAAAUUAUCAACACCCAAAUUAAUGAUAAAAUUUAAAGAGUACAAAGAGCCAAUUGAAAACGAAUUUAGUUCUUGUCGAAGCUUCACUUAUCCAGCUCUUGUACUCUUUAGUAUGUUACUUGAGUUUGUUACUUUAGUUUGUUACUUGAGUAUGUGACUAUUGAUUUGUACAACUGAUUUUUGAGUUUCAAAUAUAAUAUUUUUAUUCUUUGUGAGAGCUGUA